CUCGGCAGAGUCCGACCAUGGCGGAGGUGGGCAGGGCCGCCGUGCCUGACCCUGGUUCGCUGCUCCCUGGUGGCUUCUGGGCAGCGGUGGAAGUGUGGCUGCAGAGGCCGCAGGUGGCCAACCGGCGGCUGUGUGGCGUCCGCCUGGAGGCACGGCGGAGCGCUGCCCUGCCCGGGAUCGAGCAGGAGGCGUGGGCUGCAGCGGACUGUGGGUCCGAGGAGGGACUGGGACCCAGUCCGCCUUCCCUCGAGGGCGGCCCGCGCCCCAGGCCGAGCGCGAGCCCCGAGGAGCCCCAGGGCCGGCGCCCCCAAGGCGAGGACGGGUGGGAAGCAGCCGUAGCGCCUCGGCUCGCAGGGGCCCCGGGACACCCCGGCGAGGCUGAAGGCGGGGAGGGAGACUCCUCCGCCUCGGAGCUGGAUUCUCUCUGGGACGAUAUUUCCCGAGGCCUCGCCGACGACCAUCGGGAGCUGCUGGCCUUUCUCUCGGGCUCAGGGACAGGAUUGCAGCCAGAGGCUCAGCGCGAGCUCGACGUGGUACUCAGAACCGUCAUCCCGAAAGGGAGCCCGCUUUGCCCUCUCGCUGCGCCGAGGAAAGAAAUCGUCGUGCAAGAUGUUCUCCGUGGGACUGUAACUUUUUUACCUUUGGAAGAAGACAACAAAGGGGAUUUAAAGGUUAAGAUGAGCAACGUGUACCAGAUUCAGCUCAUCCGCAGCAAAGAAGAAUGGUUCAUAUCUGUUUUGAUUUUCUGUCCAGAAAGAUGGCAUUCGGACGGAAUUGUCUACCCCAAGCCCGGCUGGCUGGGCCGCGAGCUGCUGGCCAGGCUGGCCCGGUGGUCCGUGGAGAGCAAGGGGAGUGGGUUUAAGAGCAGCCUGUCCCUCGUCCCCGUCCUGGAGUACAGCCGGGCCUACCAGGAGCUCAAGGAGAAGUACAAGGACAUGGUCAAGGUGUGGCCUGAAGUGACAGAUCCUGAAAAGUUUGUGUAUGAAGACGUGGCUAUUGCCACCUACCUGCUGGUCCUGUGGGCGGAAGAGAGAGCCGCACGGGGAGAGACCGCCAAGCAGUCCUUCGUGGACCUGGGCUGUGGCAACGGGCUCCUGGUGCACAUCCUCAGCAGUGAGGGGCAUCCGGGCAGAGGGAUCGACGUCCGGAGGAGGAGGAUCUGGGACAUGUACGGGCCCCAGACGCGCUUAGAGGAAGGCGCGAUCACGCCAAGUGACGAGACCCUCUUCCCCGACGUCGACUGGGUCCUCGGCAACCACUCCGACGAGCUCACCCCGUGGAUCCCUGUCAUCGCGGCCAGGUCUUCCUACCGCUGCCGUUUCUUUGUCCUUCCCUGCUGCUUCUUCGACUUCGUGGGGAGGUACCGCCGGAGGCAGAGCACAAAGACUCAGUACCGAGGCUACCUGGACUUCAUCCGGGAGGUGGGGGCGGCCUGCGGCUUCCGCGUGGAGGAGGACUGCCUCCGGAUUCCCUCCACCAAGAGGGUUUGUCUCAUUGGGAAAUCCAGAACAUACCCGCCUGCCGCAGAAGUUUCCAUUGACGAGCAGAGGACCCAGUACAUCAGCCGCCGGCGGGGCCGCCCCGGGAGCCCAGCUGGCGAGGACCCCGCUCUUGCCCCACCCCAGGCUGCUGCCGGCAGCGCUGGCCCCGGCGGUCACCCGGAGAGUUGCGGAGCCCCGGACACUGGGGCAGAGGGACGCUGGCUGCCCGGGUUUCGCCCCAGAGAGAAAGCUGAGCGUGUGCGGAACUGUGCCGCCCUCCCUCGCGAGCUCAUUGACCAAGUGGUUCUGCAGGUGGCAAACCUGCUGUUGGGUGGAAAGCAGCUGAACCCGGGAGGCCCUCGCCGCGGGGGUGCGGAGAGCUGGCGACGAGGAGGGAGCCUCUCCUUGGCGGAAGUGGCCCGCAUGCUGGACGGGGAGACCUUGCGCCGGCUGAAGCGGGAGUGCGGCGGCCUGCAGACGCUGCUCCGGAACAGCCACCAGGUGUUCGAAGUGGUGAGCGGCAGAGUCAGCCUCCGCGACUGGAGGGAGGAGACGCAGCAGGAGGAGCAGCCGCCAUCAGCCAAGCGCAGACUGCGCUCCGAGGCCUUCAAAACCCGCCUCUGCUGGUUCUUCACGCACCACCCUGACGGCUGCGCGCGGCCCUCUGCCCGCUGCCCAUUCGCCCACGGGCCCGAGGAGCUGCGGCCGCCCCCCCACACCAAGCAGCAGCAGCAGCAGCAGCAGCAGCAGGCCCUGUGA